AUGGAUUCUCGAAUAUUAGUAUCGGGAGCUGGUGGAGGUGGUUAUGCAUGGGGAGCAGGUGGUUUUGGUGGUUGUUUGCAAGCUGGAAAUGGAAUGGGUGAAAAUUAUACUUCUUUGGCUGCAAACCAAACGUAUGGAUUUUUGAAAGGCCGAGGCGAAAAUGGUCGAGAUGCAAUUAUCACUGGAAAUGGAGGAGGUGAAGGAGGUGCAGGUGCUGGAGGAGGAUACUUUGGUGGUACUGUAUCACAUGCUAUGGGUAACUUUUCCAACACUGGAGGAUCCGGAGGAAGUUCCUAUAUUUCCGGUCAUGAAGGAUGUAAAAUCCACCAGAAAUUGAAGUUUUACUCAACAAAGGUUCUUUCUGGAAAUGAAUUAUUUGCUCUUCCUGACAGUAGAAUGAAUAGAGGAAACAAUGGAAAUGGGUAUUUUCGUAUCAAAAUCAUUGAUGAUUGUACGAUAAAAGAUAUUGUUUAUUUUAGAAUGAAUUUAUAUUUACUUAUUUUUAAUUCAAUAAAUAUAUCAUGA